AAAGCCGUUACGGUCUAAUUUAUGGUUAAUAAAAGUUUUAGGCUGUAACCACCUUCCCUAUUCUCUCCUUGUUGGAUUUUCCUUCCUCCAUUUUUUUCACCAACACUUUCCUCCUUCAAACUCAGUGCAGGCAAACAGGAUCUUCGAAUGUCGUAUGUGUAAAAUAUCUAGCAAUAUGGGUGUUCAUGAAGAACUCGAAGACGCUAGAGCUGAAAUCCAGAAACUCAAGCACAAGGUAAAUCUACUUCAGAACAUGAAGAAAUCCUAUGAUGCACAUGCCAAUCAGAUACUGGAGGCUAUGUUCAAAAUUGAGAAUCUGAACCAACAACUGUUUGAAAAAGAAGAUGAAAUCAAUGGCUCUCAGCAGAUAAAUGAAGAUUUAACCGAUAGUUUAAAUAAUAGAGAGGUCACCAGGCAUCUCAGUGCUGCAAAUGAUGAACUUGGAGCAGAUUGUGUUGAAAAGUUUAGAAAGUGGAAAGAUGAAAAAAGAAGGUUGCUGGUGCCGUUCGAAGAGGAAAAAGGGAAAAUGGAGAACCAAGAACAACUGAUGCGUGUGUACACAAACGAGAUGGAGCAGGAGUUGCAUUCAGUUUUCAAAACAACGAGUGUUUGAAAAUAGGAAACAUAAUUAAAGACAUCAAGGGAAAAAGGAAGAACCAGAUGCCUUGUUGCAGAAGCUAGAGGAGAAAAACAUGGAAGGUAGAAGAGCAAUUAAAAAU